CAGGCCGCAGAGGGCGGGGCGAGAGGCGACAGCGAAGACAUCUCCUGCUACUCCAUAGUCACGGAGGAUCCAUGAGGGACACCGAUAACGAUAACGUCAGCAUUUCUUCGGAUCAAGAAACAUGGUUUUAUCGGCAUAGAGAGCAGCACGUCUGAGAAUGGACUCCAUCUCAUUGGUGGGGAGCAGUCCUGCCAGCAAGGCCUCCUUCCUUCCUAACGGAUUGAAGUAUGGACCCAGAGAAGGCUCCAGUAAGCCCUCAGUGGCCAUUAUCGGCUCUGGGGAUUUCUCCAAGUGCUUGGCCAUCCGUCUGCUGCAUAGUGGCUUCCAUGUGGUGGUGGGCAGUCGACAGCCCAAGCGGGCGGCUGAGUUUUUUCCUCAUGUGGUAGAUGUGACCCAUCACGAGGAUGCAGUGGGCAAAGCUUCCAUCAUUUUCCUGGCUAUCCACAGAGAGCACUACUCUUCUCUCUGGGACAUCAAACACCUGUUAGCUGGCAAAAUCUUGGUGGACGUCAGCAACAACAGGAGGUCGAACCAGUAUCCAGAAUCCAAUGCAGAGUACCUCGCUUCCCUUUUCCCAGAGUCCAAUGUUGUGAAAGGGUUUAAUGUCAUCUCGGCAUGGAAUAUGCAGUCAGGCCCUAAAGAUGCGAGUCGUGAGGUGUAUAUCUGCAGUAACUCAGUGGACGCGAGGCAUCAGGUCAUCGAAUUGGCCCGGCAGCUCAGUUUCAUUCCUGUGGACAUGGGCACACUCUCCUUGGCAAAGGAAGUAGAGAACAUGCCGUUAAGGUUGUUUUCCGACUGGAAAGGUCCCGUUUUGACAGCUAUCGCCCUUUCCAUCUUCUUCUUUGCCUACUCGUUCAUCCGGGACAUCAUUCAUCCGUACGUGAAGAAUAAGCAAAGCUUUUUUUAUAAGAUCCCGCUGGAGAUGGUGAACAGGACACUGCCGGUGGUGGCUAUAACCUUGCUGGCGCUGGUGUAUUUAGCGGGUCAGCUCGCUGCUGUGCACCAGCUCUUCUACGGCACUAAGUUCAAGCGCUUUCCCUGCUGGCUACAGGGAUGGUUACAGAGCCGCAAACAGCUGGGCCUGCUCAGCUUUUUCUUCGUCUGCAUCCAUGUGCUCUAUAGCCUCUGCCUGCCCAUGAGGAGGUCUGAGAGAUAUCUGUUGCUCAAUAUGGCCUACCAGCAGGUACAUGCCAACAUAGAAAACUCAUGGAACGAGGAGGAGGUGUGGAGAGUGGAGAUGUAUGUGUCGUUCGGUAUUAUGAGUCUUGGCCUUCUGUCUCUCUUGGCUGUAACGUCCAUUCCAUCAGUGAACAGCACCCUCAACUGGCGAGAGUUCAGCUUUAUCCAGUCCACACUUGGCUAUAUUGCGCUGCUUAUUGCCACGUUCCACGCACUGUUGUUUGGUUGGAAGCGGGCGUUUGAAGAGGAGUCCUAUCGUUUCUACAUGCCACCCACCUUCGUAGUAGCUGUGGCCCUUCCUGUCACAGUGAUUAUGGGUAAAGCUGUACUAAUGAUGCCUUGUGUGGCCUGGAGGCUGAAGAGAAUCCGCCGAGGCUGUGACGGCAGUAAGCAUCAUUCUGAUCGUAUCAGACCUGCAGCCCAUGUUUCCCCAGAGAGAAUCACCAUCAUGUAGCUGUAUCUGUACUAUUAUAACUGCUCAACAAUAGCUCAGCCUCAUUCCUACUGUGCCGUGCCCAGACGUCUCAUGUGUCCCUGCUAUGACCAAUAGAAGCAACUGUUUAUAGAGACACAAAGAGAAAAGGAUCCUGAUGUUAUGUUCCAAAAUUUGUUUGUUUUUUCUUGACAUGUGGCCCUCUUAAGGUCUUAAACUUUCCUGUAGGUAUCUCAGUUCACAUUGUGUUGUUGGGAGUCACAUGAUUAGUGCAUGAAAUGAAUUUGGAGUCACACUGGCUAGGCAUGUGACUGGGUCUCUGAUGCCAUAUGAUUGAGCCUGUGGCUAAAAUGAACAGCUCCAUUUAGGCCAUGUGCUUCGCCAAUAUGCUGUGAUAAUUCUGAAUUCUGAAUAUUAUGCUAUAGGAAAAUAAUCAGUGAUUGUCUGUUACCAUCCUGAAGUCUUUUAUUCUUAUAUCACAGCAAUUUGCCAAAGAUUGUUUAUUUGUUUUUUUUAAAUAAAAGAAUGGAACAGCAUAUUUAUAUCAUUUAACAUCCACAGAACAAGUAAGUUCCUGUUAUCACUUCUGUUUUAGCAGCUAUAAACAGUUGUUCCCUCAUUUUCUCUUGAAUAUGACAAAAAAACAGCUUAUUACCAAGAAACCACAAAACACAACAUCUUCUAUCAUUAGACUUUCCCUUUUCCCCUCUGUCAACAGCCUUUCCUGUGACUGUUACAAAGUGCUGACAGAGACUCCUUUCAUAAAUGUUAAAACACACACACACACACACGCACACACACAGAGUACAUAAUGUGGUAGGCACCUUUUUGGCUUGAGUUGCUGGACAGGUAGAUUGCUGUAAUUGUCAGCCUCUCACAGUAGUUACAGAGCAAUAGCACCAAACAAGUGUAAUCAAACUGCAGAACAGUUUUGUGUGUUAUUAAAGGUCCAUGUGCUGUUGUUUGUGGAAAUGUUUAAAAGGGUAAAAUAUUCAUGCAGUGUGCUUUGUUGUCUGCACAUGUGAUAAACAAGCAAAAUCUAAACUGUCUCACUCCUGUCACUAAAUUUAUAUUGAGUGUUUUAGCAGCAGCACUGAGGUGCCCUAAUCACACGAUUAACCAGGAUUCAUUAUAAUUCAUCUCAAGGUUACUAGAUGAUAGCCCUUGCUUCAAAGCUCCUAUGUAGGAUACUACCAAUGUCUGUUAAUUGUAUUUAUCUAACAGCAGCAAAUCAGCGAAAAUAUUCAAACGUGCAUUUUUUUAAAGUGUAAUUCAGUAUGGUAUGUGGAUUCUUUUACAGUGAGCAAUAAUAAAAGUUUGAUGGUGUCACUGCG